UACUCCAUCGCUGGCAAGGCGUUGAAAUUCAACACCAAGGCUGAUAUCCAACCAUAUCUUGACGAGCUAGCUGGGUUGGAGCACUUGAAGAAGUUGGACUUCUCUGGAAACACGAUAGGUGUUGAGGCCUCACAGGCUUUGGCUGACUUUAUCUUGGGCUUGCCUCAACCCAAGAAGGAUUCCAUUGUUGAGAUUGAUUUUAGCGACUUUUACACUGGAAGAUUGAACACUGAAAUUCCUCAAUCUUUAGAUUACAUUUUGCCUUCGUUAUUGACGUUGAAAAAUUUGUCGAUUUUAAAUUUGUCUGACAAUGCCUUUGGUUUGCAAACAAUAGAGCCCAUUGAAAAAUUCUUGCCUCAUGCGAUUUCUUUAGAUCAUUUAAUACUAUCCAACAAUGGUAUGGGUCCAUUUGCUGGUCAAAGAAUCGCAGCUUCUUUAUUCAAACUAUCCUUAAAUAAACAAAAUAAAAAUAAAAAUUCUUUGAUUUCCUUCAUUUGCGGUAGAAAUAGAUUAGAAAAUGGGUCAACUAAUUACUUAUCAAUUGCCUUGAAAAACCAUAAAGAUUUGGAAUCUAUUAAAUUGUAUCAAAAUGGUAUUAGACCUCAUGGUAUCUCAAAUUUAAUUUCAAAUGGCUUGAAGUAUUUGAAAAAUUUAAAAUAUUUAGACUUACAAGAUAAUACUUUAACUCUCUCUUCCACUCAAAUCUUAUCAAAUAAUUUAACAAAUUGGUCGAAUUUGCAGGAAUUAAAUUUAAAUGAUUGUUUACUAUCUGCAAAUGGUUCAAAAGUAUUACUCGAGCUGUUAUUAUCAACUAAAAUCACCACUCUAAACUCUUUAAAACUACAAUAUAAUGAAUUGAAUUAUCUUUCUUUACCUUCUUUAAAUAAAUACAUUAAAUUCAAUGAAAACUUAAAAUUCUUGGAAAUCAAUGGAAACGUUUUGAAAUCUGAAGAAUUGCCUUCAGAAAUCUUGGAAAUUUCUAAAAUCUUAGAAGAAAGAGGUGGUGCUUUAGACGAAUUGGACGACUUGGAAGAACCAGAAAGUGACGACGAAGACGAUGAAGACGAUGAAGACGACGAAGACGAAGACGAAGACGAAGAAGAAGAGGAA